UACAUAGGUACAUUGCAACUUAAUAUAAAGCUUGUAAAUACAACUUUUUGCUCAGGAACGGAGUAAGACUCGUGCAGAGGAAGUUCGCGCAAGGUGUACCCAUUCCAGCGAGCAGCAUCAGCGUCGCGCCUACACCGCCGGAGCGCAAACCGGACCCACCUUACUCUCCCAAAAAUGUCUACCACAACAACAUGUCCGCUCGGAACCUGCUCGACAUUGUGUCUAUUCAAAACAUACACAAACACAAGCAAGAACCACUCGUGGUGCUCGAACGUCUUCGAGACGACGAGAUACCGUCGCCCGUCUUGCCGAACGGACGGUGCGUCCGACCAAGGAUCCGGGUGCCCUUGAGACGCCGGAAGGUCAAGGGCAACAAGGGCAACAUGUGCCUGAGGUCAGGCAAGCGCAAGUCCACUGAUGCCGGCAAGGGGCCCACUAAGAAACGAAAGAAGCUGUCCUCGGAGUCCACGGACGACAUACCGCUCGUCUACUAUUUCAACAACCGGCCUGCCAAGCCGCAUAAUAGACAGCACAGACAGAAGGACAUCACAGUUACAGACAAAAAACAAAAAGCGCCAGUCAGAGAGAAACGUACGCCAGCACCAAAGAAAACGGUCACCAAAGAGCGAAGCGACUCCACGGUUGACAAACCACCUUCAAGGGCAGAGUCCAAAGGUAAACAUACACUUAAACUGUUAUAAAUACAAUAUAAUCACAUGUUGCUGGUGGCCUAGCGGUAAGAGCGUGCGACUUGCAAUCCGGAGGUCGCGGGUUCAAACCCCGGCUCGUACCAAUGAGUUUUUCGGAACUUAUGUACGAAAUAUCAUUUGAUAUUUACCAGUCGCUUUUCGGUGAAGGAAAACAUCGUGAGGAAACCGGACGAAUCCUAACAAGGCCUAGUUUACCCUCUGGGUUGGAAGGUCAGAUGGCAGUCGCUUUCGUAAAAACUAGUGCCUACGCCAAAUCUUGGGAUUAGUUGUCAAGCGGACCCCAGGCUCCCAUGGGCCGUGGCAAGAAUGCCGGGACAACGCGAGGAAGAAGAAAUACAAUAUAAUCACGUCUAUUUCCAGGGUAGGCUGAUACCACGGAUUUCCUCUUGCUACGAUCCUGACAUACCUCUUUCGCUUCCUUCAC